GCAGAUACUUUGAUGCACGUAUGUGUAAAAACAAACGAAUUGUGCAACAAAAUCGUUGAAGAAAGUCAACGACCUUCGUCCCCUUCGUCUUAAGAACAAGUUAACUGUCAGUUCACUCAGUCAUAUUGAAAUCAUAAUUCCGCGAGAAUUUUUUCAAGCAAAAGAUAAGCGAUUUUCGUAGUGGAAUUUAAGUAAAGUUAUCCGACUUGUGGUUGACAGAAAAGUGUAUAACAUUCAAACAAGCAAAAUGAUUAACUACUCCGAUUACACGUUGAAACAAUUCUGUUGCGCCUUCGAUCUUAAGACUGCCACCGUAUUUAUUGCUGUGGCACAUUUUAUCAUCUUAUAUUCAAUAUUGUAUUCAUGGCACCAAUAUACCGGCGAAAAAAUAUUCUGGACGAUAGUUCAAGCCUUAUCAACGGUCGCACUGUUCGUUGGAGUCAUUAAGAACAAUCAUUUACUAUAUGUGCCGUGGAUUGUUGUGGUGUUUCCAUCAGCGGCUGCAAUUAUUGUAGGUCUCGCCUCCCUCGGUCUGGUGUUGUUUACAUUUAUCGCGCCUUUUGUGGGAUUCUUAUACUGUUUUUGGUGUGUGUUCUCUGCAUUUGAUGAUGCCAGAAAAUCGAACGAAACCAGAUUGGCUUAUGAUGAACCAAUUGUGCAAUAGAUAGUUAACCGAACGUUGUCGAAAGUACCAAAGGCUGCAAACUGUUUUGAUCCGUUGUCCUAACAGCAUCCAGUCUUGAAAGUACUAACAGAUGUUUUCAAAUUAAUGUUGAAAUUUUAAAUACAAAAUAUUAUAACUAACUGACGUCAGGCCCAGCAUAUCA